AUGGAGUUUCGAGGAGCCGCCAUGGAUGUCCUGUGCCAACUCAAGCUCGUGCUCAUCACAGCUCUCGCUCAUCUGGGUCUGCUCAAACCACACGAUCAAGAAAAAGAAGAAGAAGAAGAAGAAGAAAUCCCCAACCCCAUAUUCAUCAUGGACGGCCCGACGCCCGUCCAAGUAACAGUCCAGACCCUGACGGCCAUGAUCAAGAGCCAAGCCCCGGUCGUCGAGUACGCGAGGUUCCUCGAAAGACGUGGCCAUGGAGCUGGCGAAGGAGAGGGCAACAAUGGAGGAGGGUGCGCCGUGUGCUUGAGCAGCAUCGAGGAGAGGGCCGAGGUCAGGGAGCUGAGCAACUGCUCCCACGCGUUCCACAGGGAGUGCUUGGACCGCUGGGUGGACCACAACCAAGUGACUUGUCCCCUCUGUCGGUCUCUGCUUUUCCCUUCUACCAAAUGGGAAAGACCAAGAAGUUCUUGUUUUCUCCGGGAAGAAGACGAUGGAAUUUGA